UUUGUAAUUGUACCAACCUCCUUUACUACAGAUCGCUAUUUCGUUCUAUCAGAAAACCAAAAAACAUAAACAAAUCAACACUGCUGCAAACAUGAGUUUCGAGGAGAAAAAGAACCUACUUUUUUCAUCGUUGCAAACAGCGGAACAGAACAUCGCGACGGAUUCAAUUCUACACCAGGAGAAUGUAAAAGAAGCGGACUACAGUUUGGUGCACAUGUCCAAAUGUCGCAUAAAACCGAUCCGAGUGGACAGAUAUCAAGGGCGAGAAAGCAUCUUUAAACGACCAAAUGCACCGAUUGGACAGUGUCUGAAGCGAUCUACUACCCAUCUUCCGGGCUAUAAGCGUAACCCGCACAAAUGGAUCAAGUACUCGCUGGAGGAUGUGGACACAUCGGAUCGCAGCAACAUGGCAGCCGCAUUUUCCUUUCUCAAGCAGAUGGAAGAACAACGUGAAGCGGCCGAAAGUGAAAUGGGCGAUGGGAAUCAGCAGGAUUCCUCUGCUCAGCCCUGCAGAUCGAUCGUUAGGUUUAAUCGUUCCGUGAGGCUACGGGGUCAGCUAAAUGAAGCGGAUGAACCGCUGGAAACACCCGUCGAGGAUAGGCCACAGUUCAACGGUCGAAGAGUGCUGAUGCCCGAGUACGUUGUGGGCCAGAAAGAUCCGAAACGAGCCAAGCGAGCAAAGAAUGCGCGAAAGGCUGUUGCAACUAGUGGCAAAGGAAACGAAUUACAAUUGGAUCAUCUGAUAGAAGAAGAGGAAGAUGUCGAUGACGAUGAACAAACAGAAAUGGAAUAAUAAUGUCGUAGAAGAGAACGAUACGAUUAGUGUUAGCCUUAUUGUAACCAGAUCUAGGAUUAAGUUCAGAAGAAAAUAAAAUUAAUUUAACCUUUAA